CAUAUUCGUCAUCGUCAGUUUGAACUGAAUUUUGUGGAUAAACCUCUGGACACAAGGGUUUAAGGGCUGGUUCGUUCGAGACCAUCUCAACACUAGAACCAGAAGACAAUUGCAAUCCACUUACAGAUAUCUUCCUGUAGUUUAUUGCCAUCACAUUGGUGAAGUAGCUAUGGCUAUGACUGCAGCAAAUGCAGUUAUGCCCACAAUGCUAACCUUCUCUGCUGAUAAAAGCCGUAGACAACGCACAGGACUUGCUGCCACUACACAGAAGCACGUAUGUAUACGCCCCGUGAGUGUGCAAAAAUCGCUGGAGGAGCUCUACAAUGUGAAGGUUGAAAGGAGAGCAUCAAAGGAACGCCUGGCAAAGCUCGGUGUCUCACGAUGGUCUGUCUGGAAAACAGGAAAGUGCAAGCUUCCAUGGGAUUGGCAAGCGGAUCAACUGGUUUACAUCGAAGAAGGGGAAGUGAGAGUGGUGCCGGAAGGGAGUGAGCGCUAUAUGAGAUUCGUGGCUGGAGACCUUGUUCGCUACCCUAAAUGGUUUGAAGCCGAUCUUUUCUUCAAUGAUUUCUACCAAGAGCGAUACAGCUUUAGAGCAUAUGGCGAUGAUUACUAGCCGGACAGAAGCUGUGUUGUUUGCAUCAAUGUUGUUGUAGUUGGCAAAAGAAGUCUUAAGAUAGUGAUCAAGACACAUUUGCUGUCCCACCAUGUUAAUGUCAUUUAUCUUAGGUCUUA